AUGGCUGCGUCGGCUCGAGCCAUCACGCCAACCCACAACGGCCCCUUCCCUGUGCCAAAUAGGUCGGCCACGCCCAAUUCUCACGGAGCCGCGACCUUUGGCACCCAUCUCACCAAGUCUCCGCGGGGCCUCUCGCCAAGACGCUCGCCACAGCCGCUCACCGGAGCCGCUGCGCUCAAUGACGAGCGGCAAAGACAACACCAACUGCUACGACAGACAAGUCCCAACCCCGCGCACGCCGUCGUCCAGAGCCUCAUCGGAACAGCUCAGUCGGCGGUAAACAGCUCCAAGGACGCGCCAGCGCACACGAGUGGCGCCAUGGACAAAGUCCAAAAGCCUUUGGUCAUCCCCGAAGCGGGCGCGAUGACGGGUGAUAACAUGCAAACAAGUCCCGUGAGCCUCUCCAGUUUUGGUUCAGCCGACUCAAAUAAUGCCCCAAACGCGUCUGCCAUGGAAGGCUCCACCCCGCAGAUCACCAUGGAAGCCGCAUCCCAGCAGCAUCCGCAGCAACCACACCCACCGCAACAGCAUCACCAGCAUAUUGCACCUAAUCCGAAUGAGAACCCAAGUAAUCGUGCCUUCACCUUCCCUGGGCCUUUGGCAGAGCAUGAUCCCCGCGCGCCAGCGCGCCAGAUGAGCUUGCCCGGAUAUCAGAACAGCCCAAAGUCGCCUUCGGCCAAGCGCCACAAGUGCCCGUAUUGCGCUACCGACUUCACGCGACACCACAACCUGAAGAGCCAUCUUCUGACACAUAGCCAAGAGAAGCCGUAUGAGUGCCCAACUUGCCAGGCUCGCUUCCGACGUCUCCAUGAUUUGAAGCGCCACACCAAGCUCCACACUGGCGAACGCCCGCAUACUUGUCCGAAGUGCGGUCGCCGAUUCGCUCGCGGAGACGCACUUGCCCGACACAACAAGGGACAGGGUGGCUGCGCGGGUCGUCGGUCCAGCUUCGGAAUCGACAACGAGGAUAUGGACGGAAAGGGAGAAGACGGCAUGGAUGGCGUCAUUUACCACGACGGUGAAGGCGAAGAAGAUGACGAAGGUCGGCGUGUUAGCGAGCCGACGCGUAAGAGGCAAAAUACUGGAAGCUCUACGCAAGGUCCGUAUCGUCAGCACUCCAGCACCUAUCCACCUCUUGCUGCGAACCGCGGAUCCUAUAGCAGUGCAAACAACCUAUACCCACCUGGACCCGGUGGCCCUUCAGGUAAUCACUCCACUAACAUCUCGCCCAAACUAGCUCCCGGAAGUCUUUCAAAUCUCCACUAUACGGCGACUCAAGCGAACAUGUUCAGCCAGGGAGGUCCCCCUAUGACAGAAAGUCCCAAACCGCUUUCUCCAGGCCAGCAAGAUCAACACCGACUAGGCGCGCAAGACAGCAGCAUGGGCGGCACGCGCUCGCCGAACAUUCACCCGAACUUCCAACGCGCUCGAGGAUCACCUUCCAUUGGCAUGGCACCUCCGCAGGCCAACAACGGUCCUCACCUACCUGCUCUGCCUGGAUUGGCUCCUAGUAUGCUGCCGAAGCAGGGAUCUCAAGGCGGUAGUAAGAACGGUCCAAGUAUGCUUCAGCACCAACAGGUGCCAUCGCAACCCGGAAGCGUGUCCAGUCACGGCGCAAGCAGCGGUGGCAGCAUGCGCGAGGUCAUGGGCAACCAGGGGAUCGACAUGUGGCAAUAUGUACGGGAUAUGGAAGCCCGCAUGGCAAAGAUGGCACAAGAUCAUGAGUCCAAGAUGACCACAUUGCAGACCGAAGUCACCACUCUUCGGGCCCAACUCGCUCAGCAACAUGCACACAAUACGCAACAGCAAUAG